AUGGAGAUCGGGAUCCCAUCGGCCAAGCUGGAAAUUUUUCUAGAAGAGAGACAGUGGAUGAGUGUGUUACUCAAGCAGCAGUUGGCAAAAGCCCAGAAUAGGAUGAAUCAGUAUGCUGAUUUGCACAGGAUUAAGAGACAAUUUGAGGAAAAGGGCUUGGUGUUUCUCACAUUACAGCCAUACAGACAACAAUCUCUAGAAGGAAGAAGGAAUUAUAAGUUAUCCCCAAGAUUCUAUGGCCCUUCUGAGGUGGAAGGCAAAACAAGUCUGGUGGCUUCUUGGCUUAAGUUACCAGAACAAGCAAGGACAUACUCUGUCUCUGAGCCACUUCGAGCAUUAGUUACUGGAGCUCCUUUGGAGGAUGCCCGCCACUUGACUCACCGUUAUGACAGGCUCCGUCAAGAGGUUGAAGCACAGGCAGCUGAUAUAUUGAAGCGCCGAUCAAAGACUAGGGAAUUUGAUAUAUCUCAAGAAAGCUACAUGAAGCUUAAAAAUGCUGAAGCGAGAUUGACAGAAUUUAAAUCUGCAAUGAUGACACUUGGAAGAGAAGCCACAGCUGCCAUGUUGUCAGUUGAGGAUCAGCAGCAAAAGAUAACAUUUCAACGACUGCUUGCUAUGGUUGAUGCUGAGAGAACUUAUCAUCAAAAUGUUCUUCUGAUCCUUGAGAGACUGUAUUCUGAGAUGAUUAUGGAGGAGCAAUCAAAGGAGUCUUCUUUACAGUCAGUGGCUAUAAGAAGAAAUGUAUAUGUUCCCCAUGUGCAGGAAAAUAUUAAGGCAAAUGGAUCCAGUGACAGCAGACACAUCAAUCAAAGUGAUUCACACUUUAUUGCAAAAGUCAUACAUCCAUUUGAUGCUCAGGCUGAUGGGGAGUUAAGUCUAUCUGUCGAUGAUUAUGUUAUUGUACGGCAGGUUGCUUCUACUGGCUGGUCUGAGGGAGAGUGCAAAGGGAAAGCUGGAUGGUUUCCCACUGCCUACAUAGAAAAGCAAGAGAAAGCACCAGCAAGCAAGUUAAUGGAAACAGGCUGAACAACCAUGAUCCUAACACAUGCUUUUGUAUGUACGUAUGCAUGUAUAUUAUUUCCUUGUACUUAUAAGUGGCAAUAUCUGUAAAUUUCUGGUCAGAGUAUUUAGCUUUUGCCAAAAUCAUAUUAAUUUUUCUAUGGUGUUGUUCAGUGAGAUUGCUGUUUGUGUGCUUUGAAAUUUUCAAGGUGAUAAUAAGAGGUGCUUUUUCAAAAUGUUUAA